UCUCUCGAACCCCGCUAACCCAACCCACAUCGUAGUUCGUCUUCCGAUUCUCAUUUGGUACCGACGUAGCUUGAGCAGACCGCCAUAAUGUCUCAAUCAGGAGCGACAGUCUCGCAGGACUGCAUCACUGCAUACAACGACCUUAAGCUUGCGAAGAAGUACAAGUACAUCGUCUUUAAGCUGUCAGACGACAACCGAGAGAUUGUCGUUGAGGAAGCUUCGGCAAACCAAGACUGGGAAGCUUUCCGCGAGAAGCUCGUUAACGCUACCACCAAGAGCAAGUCUGGUGCUGUUGGCAAGGGACCCCGAUACGCUGUGUACGACUUCGAAUACAGCCUUGCUAGCGGAGAAGGCUCGCGAAACAAAAUCACUUUCAUCGCGUGGUCCCCUGAUGAUGCUAACGUCAUGGCCAAGAUGGUGUACGCCUCGUCAAAGGAGGCGCUGAAGCGCUCUCUUAAUGGUAUUGCCACCGAACUACAGGCCAACGACCAGGACGAUAUCGAAUACGAUACAGUACUUAAGGUGGUCAGCAAGGGCUUGGCUGGUUAAGCGUAUUCAACCUCCGAAAACCUAGGAGCAACAAGAGAGGAAAGUUGCCGAGGAUUACUAGUUAAUGGGGCACUCGCGUGCCAAGGAUCCCACGAUGUCUACGAAACCGCAGGAUGGACAUAAAACCCCCCCUACCAUUUCACUAUGGAGUAGGGCCAGUUUAGUCGUUUUUUUCCUUUUAGAGGCAUGACAUGAAUUCUCCA